AGCCGCCAAUAGUGAACGUUUUCAGUGAAUUUGUGAAAAUGGAGAAAAUUGGUCAUCGUUAUGUGAUACAAUACUUUUAUUUGAAAGGCCUCAGACCAUCCAAUAUAAAAGCUGAAAUAGAUUAUACUUUGGGCGGGUCUGCUCGUUCGUUUACCACAGUAAAAUAUUGGGUAGCAGAGUUUAAACGAGGCCGUACGAGCUGCCAAGACGAGCAUUGCAGUGGUCGACCAAAUGAGGUGACGACUCCAGAAAUGAUGAAGAAAAUCCACAAAGCGGUAAUGGAUGAUCGUCGAAUGAAAGUGCGCGAGCUGGCAGAUACAAUAGGCAUUUCAAAAAGUAUGGUACAUCGCAUAUUAUUUGAAGAUUUGGAAAUGAGAAAGCUGUGUCCAAGAUGGGUGCCGCAUUUGCUCUCACUCGACCAAAAACAGUGUCGUGAAGAGGUUUCAGUUGAGUGUUUAGCGAAUUAAUGAAUUAAUGUUUGAAUUGCUACCUCAUGCACCCUAUUCGCCAGAUUUAGCCCCCUCGGACUAUUUUCUGUUCCCCAACUUAAAAAAAUGGCUCCGUGGUCAAAGAUUUUCUAAGGAUGAAGAAAUGAUGUCG